AUGUCUGGCAACGUACGAGCACGCCGGCAGGCAUCUCCUCCCGGCCGCCAUACACUGCCAGUCCAGACGUCCCAGAGGUUCCCUCAUCCUCGUCAUGACCAUCUUGACGCAGAUGAGCGUCGCGAGGCUGCUUCCAGAGGCCUUCGCCCCGGACGCAAGUCCCAUGCCGUCGGCGGGCUCAACCUCUCCCCCGGAGAGUGGAAACUCCUCGCCGUCAUCUUGAUAGUCGCGUCCGCAGUCAGACUCUUCCGCAUCUCUCAACCAAACAGUGUCGUCUUCGAUGAAGUGCACUUCGGCAAGUUCGCCUCGCGGUAUAUCAAGUCGUCUUACUUUGUCGACGUGCACCCGCCCCUGGCCAAGCUUCUCAUCACCCUUGCUGGUUGGCUGUUUGGCUACGACGGUAACUUUGACUUCAAGGACAUCGCCAAAGUGUACGAGAAUGUGCCGUACGUCGCAAUGCGCAUGGUCCCCGCCUUGAUGGGCGUCGGGACUGUCCCCCUUGCCUAUCUCACCAUCCGUGCACUCGACUGUCGUGUCACCACCGCCCUCCUCGCCUCCCUCUUCAUCACCUUCGAGAAUGGCAUGAUCACCCAGUCCCGUCACAUCCUCCUCGACUCUCCUCUCAUCUUCUUCACUGCCCUCACCACGUUCGCUUGGACUGCCUUCUGUAACGAGGAUCACUAUGAGCCUUUCACGGAGUCCUGGUGGAUCUGGCUGUCCAUGACGGGCCUUUCCCUCGGCGCAGUCGUUAGCUGCAAGUGGGUCGGCCUCUUCACUAUCGCCACGGUCGGUCUAGGCACUCUCAAACAGCUUUGGGAUCUUCUCGGUGAUCUUCGCGUCACACCCAAGCUGUUCAUCAGACACUUUGUGGCUCGCGCAAUUUGCCUUAUCCUGAUUCCAAUCAUCUUCUACAUGUCCACGUUCGGCAUUCACUUCCUCAUUCUGAGCAACCAUGGCGAAGGAGACGGUUUCAUGAGCUCUGAGUUCCAGCACACACUCAAUGGGCGCGGUAUGGCAGACACAUUCGCUGAUGUCGCUGUUGGCUCGCAAAUCACCCUCCGCCAUGUCAACACUCAAGGUGGCUACCUCCACUCGCACCCGCACCUCUACCCCGGGGGCAGCAAGCAGCAACAGGUUACUCUCUAUCCGCACCGCGACAAUAACAAUGACUGGCGCAUCGUGAACGCGACUGCUGACGGCGACCCGUACACGAAUUGGAUGGAUCACGAUAUCUCUUAUAUCACCUCUGGUACUCGUGUCAAAAUUCGGCACAUCCAGACUGAGAAGUCUCUGCACUCGCACGAUGUACGCCCGCCCGUCUCCGACGUCGACUUCCAGCAGGAGGUUUCUGGGUAUGGUAUCCCCGGAUAUGCGGGCGACACGAAUGACGAUUGGAUCGUUGAGAUCUACAAGGGCGAUAAACGGGACAAGGAGUCGGGCAAGCGUCUCAGGACCCUCAGGACCCAGUUCCGGCUGAAGCAUGUCAUGACUGGUUGCUAUCUGUUCUCUCACAAAGUCAAGCUUCCCGAGUGGGGUUUCGAGCAGCAGGAGGUGACCUGCAACAAGCAAGCAGUCUUGGCCAACUCGUUGUGGUACGUCGAGACCAACUACCACCCUAAACUGCCGGAGGAUGCGCCCAAGGUCAAUUACAAGCUGCCUGGCUUCUUCUCAAAGUUCUUGGAGCUGCAACAAGUCAUGUGGACCACUAAUGCCGGCCUUACGGACCGUCACAUGUAUGAUUCUCGUCCCGACGCAUGGCCCCGUCUACGCCGCGGUAUCAACUUCUGGGUCAAGGAUCACCGCCAAAUCUACCUUUUGGGCAACCCUUUGAUCUGGUAUCUCAGCACCGCUGCUGUGUUCGCCUACGCCGCUGUCCGCGGCUUCCUCAUUCUCCGUGCGAAGCGCGGGUUCAGGGACUUCGAGAACACGAGAGUGGCGAAGUACGACGCAAUCUGUGGCUUCUUGUUCGUCGGCUGGGCUUUGCACUACCUGCCUUUCUACAUCAUGCGUCGUCAACUGUUCCUACACCACUACUUCCCGGCGCUGUACUUCGCCAUCCUACUCUCUUGCUCCGUUUUCGAUCUCGUCACUUUCGCGCUGCGCCCGCGCGCCCGACUGCAGAUCGCUGCCGUGCUUCUCGUCGUCGCCAUCUGGAACUACACAUAUUUCAGUCCUCUGGCGUAUGGACUCCCUUGGACGAAGAGCAAGUGCUAUAAGGCGAAGUGGCUGAAGACUUGGGAUUUCUCUUGGUAA